CCCGGCCCCUCCAUCGCUGUCUCCGCCUGCCCCCCUCACAAUCCGCUCCGGAACCCCACGCCCUCCUACGAUCCCAGCGUCGGUCGGAGCGCCCAAGAACAACCGUGCACGAGCUCCACACCGGCGGCACGCGAUGGUGCAGCCGCGCCCGCGGAAGCGGGGCCGGCCCCGCACGGAGCUCGGGGGCGGCGAGGCGGAGGCGGUGGGGGAGGACGGCGAGGACCCCGCGGUCCUGUUCCCGCUCGGCGCCCUGGUGGAGGUGCGCAGCGACGACUCCGGCUUCGCCGGCUCCUUUUACGAGGCCACCGUCGCCGGGUACCAGCGCAGCGGCCUCGGCUACGUUGUGACCUACGCCACGCUCAGCCGGAGCAAGGACGGGGGCUCGCCGCUGCGGGAGCUCGCCGCCGCGGCGGACGUGCGCCCGCGCCCGCCCCCCUCGCCGCCGCGGGGGUUCGCACCGCACGAGAUGGUCGAGGCUUUCCACAACGACGGCUGGUGGGCCGGCGUCGUCUGCGCCGUCCCGACUGAGGCGGAGGCCGCCGCGGGGCGGCGGGUGUACAAGGUGUGCUUCCCGACGUCGCGGGAGAUGCUGGAGUUCGAGGAGACGGCGCUGCGGCCCAACCGCGUGUUCCGGGGCGAGCGCUGGAUUCCGGCUGCAGAGGUGGAAAGUGGAACACCGCUAUUCAGAGAUGGAAUCCAAGUUGAAGUGAGUCGGUCUGCCAAAACCUUUGGCAAAUACUGGAGUCCAGCUAUUAUUCUGAAAGUAAUUGGUGCUACAAGUUUUUUAGUACAAUACAGAGAUGCAAGAGAGGAUGGGGAACAGGUUACUGAGAUUCUAGAUUCUCAAUAUAUUCGGCCAACACGAAACAUCAUCCACAUGGACUCUAAGUAUAGAUUUCUCCCAUCUUCUCAUGUGGAGGUUUUUCAUGAAGGUAGCUGGUGGACUGGUGCUGUUUCAGAGGUUUUGGAUAAUGAAUCUACCAAGAAGUAUGUUGUUAAAAUCAAUAACGAAGAGGCAGACAUGGAUGAUGUGGAAUGUGUGGAUUUGUUGACUGUUGACCAUACACAGCUAAGGCCAAAGUACAAUUGGUAUCGUGGAAAGUGGGUGCGCUGCUUGACAGAGAAACCUGGUAAUAGAGGGCCUCAACUAAAACCUCGUAAAAGGCCAAUUUCUGCUGCCUUGGAAUCAAGUGGUGACAGUGUUGAACUUACUGCAUCAGGACCAUGUAUUGACAGUGAAGAUAUCAGUGAUGAACCUGGCUCUUAUCUUAAGGACAAGGGUAAUGAUGAAGAUGUAGUACUGAAACAAGUUUGUCCUGAGUUUUUGGUGCGUAAUGAAAAUGAUCAAAUCAAGCAUAUGCCAAGCUCUUUUCCAGAAAGAGUGGUCAAGCAACAAAACACAGUAUUAUCAUUCGAGUCCCACUUGACAGUUCCUUCACAGUCAUCAGUGACAGGAUUUCACAGUUUGAAAUAUGAUCCUAAGCUUUGUCUAAGUGGUCAACUUGAACUAUCCUCUUCUCGGGUGAUUACCAUGCCCUCUGUGCCACAGACUGGACAGUUGCAGGCUUCCUUGUUUGGAGCAUUUGGACAACUAAGGCCUCUCCCGCAGGGCCCAAUUUUCGGAAUGCAAUCACAUACUAUAGAUUUUAGCAGCAUUGUAGGAUCAGAAAAGACAUUUACUGAUCAGGGAAAGCAAGCAAAUUAUAAAUGUGGUUAUCUGAUGACUGGUUCUAAACAGAAGAUCAAAUUUGGAUCGUUUUCUGGAACUGAUCUGGCCAGGAAAAGACUAUUUACUGGUCAGGGAAAGCAAGCAAAUGAUAAAGGUAGUUAUCUGAUGACUGGUUCUCAACCGAACAUCGAUUCUGGAUCAUUUUCUGGAACUGGUCAGUCCAGGAAAAGACUGAAGGAGAGUGUUUCUCCUCAAACACCAGAGCAACUAAGAGGGAGCCCUAAAAUCAUGCGAAAAAAGAAAAGGAUGGCUGAUAAAAAAGUUAAGGAAGCCAGCAAACUUGCAGCUAUCUCUGAAGAACCCACUGAACUGAACAACAAUAAUGGCAAAGAUCUAUCAAAGAACAAAGAUCCUGGGUCUGUAUUACUUCCGCAAGUUAAUACUGUGACUUGCACUGACUCAAAGCCACUAAAGGAUGAUACAGAUUCACAGGGAAUUAGUAUUUUUUUGAGGGAGAGUAGUGUUGCAGAUGAGAUCAUACCAAGUGGAGUACCAAUUGGAGCAGAUAAAUUUCACCAAGAGGAUUAUAUUGGAGCAGCACAACAUGGUGCAACUAAAGUUAGUGUUCUGACUGAGAAGUCAGUGUUAUCUAUGACUUCAACACUGAACAAUCCUGGUGAGGCACAAGUGUUGCUUUCAGAUUCUUCAACUCAAUGUGGAAAGGAGGCAGCCAAUGCUGAGGAGUCUGCAAUAAUCAUGGAACAAGGCACUAGUGAAGAAUAUUGUCAGCAAUAUUCUGUUAUGAAUGAUGAUGCUAAUGUCCAUUUGCUGCCUUCAGCAGAGAGUUGUAAAGAUACUGGGGAUAAAGAUAACAAUAAGGCCAUGGUGGAGUGUGUUCCAACUGAUGAUGUCUCUAGUAUGGGCGGUGGUGUGGCUCCGAAUCUGUUACCAUCUAGUGAGAAUUAUGAGGAUGGCAAGGAUGGUAUGGGCAAGGAGGAUCAUCAAGAAAACACCUGUAAUGUGCCUGAAACUAAGCAUGCCAAUGCUGAUGGUCUGUCCUCAGCUCUAUCCUUACCUGUGUUAAAGAAAUUCGCAGCUCCUCAUGAGCAACAUGGAGUGUCACAACAGGAUCAUGGUUCAGCCAUGGUAGGGUUUGCAGCUGAAGCUAGCGAAUCCAUGGAGAGUUCAGAAAUAACGCAGUUGUCUUCUAUUGGUAUCUGCAACUCUAGUGAAGCAGAACAAGGUGAUACAUUGAUUGAUCCAAAAGAUUCUGAGCAUACUCCAAUGUCCAAGUAUGCUCCAAGCAGAACACAAGGCUCUUGCCUCUCCUUGUCGCAGAGAUCUCUUGAUGCCCAUGAGAGCAUCAUGGCUGUUCAUGGUACAGAACCAUUGGCUAGCAUGAAUCUUCCAUUCAUGAAGACCUCCUCGUUGUGGGAACAGAUUGAGGCAAUGGAAGUUUUCCGCAAUAUGCCCCAGCGACCAAAUUUUCACAAGUUCCAGCAGCAUGUUCCAGAGCUUCGUGAAGGAAUGGCUUUGGGUUUGAUGCUCUCCUUUGCCAAUUUGGCAGAAAGCAUAAGAAGACUGAGCAUUCACGAUGAGGAUGCGCUUUUCAAAGAGAAGAUGAAGGGCCUUUGUUUGUUGGAGGCAGAUGGUUUCGACGUCAGGCACCUGCGAUCACGGUUGGAGACACUGGUGCACAUAAGGAGCAGCCCUGCCGUAUUGCAGGGCGCUAUUAAAGACUUGGAGAAGAAGAUUUCUCACAAAGUAACUGAUGAUAGGCACCUGGGCGCACAAAUUCGUGUGCUAAAUAUGACUGUCCGUCAUCUUGAAGUGCAGGCUUAUCUCUUCCGCUGCAUAACGCAGUCUGCUGUUUCACAGAAGAUGAACAUUGCUUCAGAGAUUGGAAGGCUGAAAACAGAAGCCGGCACGCUUGAGCGGUCAUAUCUGUCUGCCGAGCAGAGCUUCAGCAAUGCCGCCGCAGCACCAUGGUAAAUCCUCGUUCCACGAACCAGUUCAGCUGUACGGUGCAAAUAAUCUUAGUAGCAAGUGGAGAACUCGAUCCAAGGCCUUUUGUGUAAAUAUCUGCUAGGGCUGCCCUGGUACCGGUCUAAACUGAUGAACCUAUGCCUGUUAUGUUGCUGGCAUGUCGCUGCAACUGCGCUUUUAUGUGAAAUAUAUCGUAUAUACGGUCUA